UUGAGGGAGGGUCGCGUAGGGUCGUUACUCAAAUUUCUUUCCUAAAAGCGCGAGGGGAAAGUCGGUUAUUACGAGGGAGUCUUGAGAUUUGCGAAAGAGAGGGAUGGAGGUUUCGAAGGUUAAACAUGAAGUUGCAGGAGGUCAUGAUGCCCUACGUUUUGGAUUACCAGGCGUCAAGAGCGAUAUCACUAUCUCUCACCCACUCCAAUCCAUUCAAGUUUCGCAAAAGAAGCAGAAAGAAGAAUUGAAGAGCAUGGUUUUGAUGAACACCUCUGGUUCGGCUUUGCCCUUGAAAAUGGGCCUGGACAUGCAAAUUCUUUCAAGAUUUCAAAGACCUCCAGGGCCCUUGCCAUCCUCCAUGUUGGGUCUCGAGGCUCUCACAGGGGAGUUGGAUGACAUUGGUUUUGAAGAUUAUCUGAAUGAUCCUCGUGACUCUGAAAGCUUUAGGCCAGUGGAUAUGCAUAGUGGGAUGGAAGUACGCCUGGGCCUCGACAAGGGCCCAAUUUGCCCGAGCUUCAUCUGACGUCAACAUAUCACUUGAGAAAAGGCAUUUUGUUGCCCAUAUUUAAGGGAAUAUAUUGAUUAGAGUCUUCUAGUAUUAGGACCUGGUCUGGCCAAUUUUAGAGGCAUGGGCUUUAAACUUUGUUUGGCACCCGAAAAUGAAAUUGCAGAGAUAUUGUUGAAUUGCGGGGACCCUUCUUCCUGGUUGGAUUUGCUCUCUCUCUACUUUGGUCUGUCCAACAUUCCCUGGUUUUAUAGGCAAGGAUGGGAAAGCCUUGUGCUUUGUUAUUGGAUGGCGCUUGGCUGGUUUAAUAGGGAGGUAGAGAAAAGCUAUUGACCUGCUGGCUAUAUAGGUGGUUUGUAUAAGGCUGAGGCCUUAAACAAUCAAAGUAAGGUUCACCGUCAAUUAAUACUGAAAUAUAUUGUUUUAGUAUCAGAAG